AUGUAUCUAUCUGCGCCUCGAAUCCCAUGUUCAGGAAUUGGGGGAUUUUCAAAGAACCUUUUCGCGUUAUCUAUUAUUCUUUUUUUUUUUUCAAUUACAUCCAUCAAAGACAAUAUUCAACUCCCACCACCAACGAUGAAGAUCUUGCUCGUUAAUCCCAACAGUUCGGAAAAAGUGUCUCGCAAUAUGAGGGAUGUUUUGACUCCGCCAGAGGAAGUGGACUUGGAAACUUAUACUGCUCCAGCUUCGGCUCCUCGUGAGAUUACUGGUGUUGAAACUUCCAAAACAUCGGAAUCAAUUGUGUUAAACGAUAUAAGGAACCGUAAUAUUGCAGAAAAAUACGACGGGUUCAUAGUAUGCUGCUAUUCAGAUCACCCAUUAAUUAAAAGUUUGGCAGCAUUGAGUGGCAAGCCGGUCAUUGGAAUCAUGCAAGCGACGCUAUUGUAUGCCCUUCUGAAUCCUAGUCUUCAAAAGCUGUUUAUUCUUACGAGCACUAGUGGAUGGGAGCCGAUUCUCGAUCAGGGAAUUAUAGACUUUUUAGGUGUUGAUGAGUUUCCAAUUAAGAAAUUUCAAAAAACUAUAGGCUUGGACAUCGCUGUAACCAAUCUAGCGAACGAGGAAGAGUACGGCAAGAUCAGGGAAAAAGUCACACACAUAUUGAAGAGUCAAUACAAGGAGGAUAGCAUUGGUUGCGUUUUGUUGGGGUGUGCUGGUAUGGCGGGUUUGAAUACAAAAUUGUCGUCAGACUUUCCUGGAAUAUUGUUCGUCGAUAGUGUAGAAAUUGCGUUAGAGUUUUUAAUAGGACUUGUACGAUUCUCCACGAUUAAAUAA